AUGGCUACGGGAUUCCGCAAAUUCACACAGCUACCUCCAGAGGUCCGGAAUGUCAUCUGGGAGCUCACUCUUCCAGAACCGCGUGUGCUUGACAUCUAUCCCGCAUCGACGAGCCAGAAAACUCCGGCGAGGCAGGGCUUGCGCUUCGCAAAUGAAACGACUGAACGACCGCCGGCCGCAUCGGCCGUUUGCCGAGAAUCUCGCUCCAUCAUCCUGUAUCAUUAUAAGCCCCUGACUCUCGGCUCAGCGACCAAAUACGUCGACCUGUCGCGAGAUAUUCUCCUCCUCGAAUCCUGCCUUCUCGAGAGAGAGCUUUACCGCACACUGCUCUUUAUGAGUAAAGUGGCCCGAAUUCGCAACGAUGUCCGCAGUAUUGCUUUCGGAACCUCCUACAGCGCGAGCCUUGGUGGCAUUUGGCACCCAUCAUUGGGUCGCGAAACGCCAAAAUCGCAGAUCAAGAAUGGCAUGACAAAGUUCCUGGAGCGGCUGUCUGUGUUCCCCAAGCUGGAGAGGGUGAUCUUUGUGCUCUACCAGGAAGCACAGUAUGAAGUGAUGGAGUUGCCGCGGACGGUUAGUGCGUGGGACGGACACCUCAGCCAGAAUGCGACGUUCUAUUUGGCUGGGACGAAGCCUCCACAGGCCAGGGAGAUAUUCAGCAAAGCGUCGAGUGUUCAUCAUGGCCAUGCCAACAUUAAAGGAGAGCAAACUGAGCGCACUGGACCGACCUCGUGUACGAUGCCCUGGACACAAGAGAAACCGACAUGGCCGCACGUCAACGAGCUCAGAUACUACUCGCUUGUCUCUGAAGAAGACUGUGAUGCGCAAAAGUUAGACGAGAGGGAUUCAAAAUAUUAUCAUGGGCCUUGGCCCUGCACAAUGGAAAAUCUGAGACGGUUCAGAAUGGACUGGACUCGGGCUGUGGAUACGGCUGUAGAGAAGCUGCAUGUUGAUGAGCCAUCUCAUCAAAGCUGCUGCAAGAAAAGAGGUCGGGACUUGGAAGACGAAGAGUUGCAAAAACCAAACAAGAAACAAAGCAGAUCGACCACUGGGGUGGGACUCAAGCUGCCCGCCAUGGAGACUGCGAGCUUGCUCUGGCGUUAUGCACUGCCGGCCUCGUCAACGAUGAUUAGACGUCCAGCUGCGUCCGCCGCAGUUCUUGAGUGA